GCCGAAACUUCAAACGUAAGCAUCCGAUUUGGGAACUUUUGUUAGUUUAAAGUUUAUCUCACAUGGUUUAUUUACCGGAUCAGAUUCUGAAGAAUGGGACAUACAACUUUGAAGGAAGAGUACGAAGUCGACAAAGGGGCUAUCAUCGGGCGUGGCCGCUUCUCCACCGUCAAACUUGCCUUUUGCAGACGGCAUGGACGCCACGUUGCCGCCAAAAUCAUCCCACUCUCGCGAGAAAACGAAGACGCGUUGUCGAUGGCCUCGAGGGAAUUCGUCAUCAUGUCUAGGCUGGUUCAUGGAAAUAUAAUAGAUGUUUACGACCACUUCGUGGAGGCAGGAUCCCUUUGGAUAAUCAUGGAACAUGCGCAAAAUGGCGAUCUAAGGAAGUUCGUGCACCUGCGCAGACGACUCUCGGAGAGAUUGGCGCGAAAGUUCUUCGCUCAGAUUUUGGACGCCGUGGCGUACAUGCACAGCCAAGACAUAGUGCACAGGGACAUCAAAUGCUAGAACAUCGUCGUCACGGGAAACGAGGAGGUCGUGAAGAUUUGCGACUUUGGAUGUGCGGUUUCUCGCACCGAGCACACCGGGUCAGACCCGCCGUCGCAGCACCGGGAUGGGUUCUACGGUUCGCCCGCCUACGCCGCUCCGGAAGUCUUGGACCGAGCUGGCGGCGAGUUGAAGCCGGCCGACGUGUGGUCGACUGGCGUGGUGCUGUUCUUCAUGGUCUGCGGCUACCUGCCGUUUGGCUGCGAUGACGUGGCGAGGAUACGGACCAGGAUGACCUCCGCACCUCUUCGCUGGCCGAGACCCCUGAGGCAGAUCGAUAGAACCUGUCGAGAUUAUGCGGAGUCGAUCUUAAAAGUACGACCAGAGAACAGGCCAACCGCUGCAGACGCGCUUAGGGCGAAAUGGAUGGAAAAGAACUGAAUUUUAAUAUAAAGAUGCACAUUCCUAAAUUACAAACACGCAUGAGUCUCGAGACAUUCUUUAGUAAUGGCCAAAAAAAUUCAAGUUUUCACGUCGAAUGACAUUAGUAUUGUAUGAAGACAAGUGAUAGUGACAAUCUCCUUGACUGUGCGUCUUCCCUUUCUUUCAAAGAAACCCCACAAAACUUGCGUGGCGAUUUUGAGUAAUCGCCUCCAAAUGAGGCUACGUGGGCGAGGCGCUAUACAAUCUUUGGUUUUAUUCACCGAUCUCCAUUUUAAUGGAGCAAUGGUUUUAAUUAAUACGUGUACAAUCAUGCAUUUUAUAAUUUAGAAUUUAAAGACGCAAUAGUUUGUGAAAUAGUGAAAUAGUUUGGUGUUUCCAAACACCAGCCAUUAUAAGCUUAAACAAGAGCAAGAGAAAUGUGUUUUAGUCUUGCAUCUUUCCACGUGAUAGAUUUCUGUCUUGGUCCCAAACCCGGCGUUAACAAAAUGUUCCACAGACGGGAUUGGUAUUGGUCUGUUAUUAUUUUAGAGAACAUUUUUAUAUUUUGCUGGUGAUUUCAAAGCUUCAAGGAUUUGGUCCUGCACUUUCAUUUAUUUUGAGAAUAAUCUGGCAUUGUCGAAAACUCAAAUCUACAAGGGUUUAGUGUUGCAUUUUCAUACUCGUCGGAAAGGAGGGGGGUUGCACCCCCCCAAAAAAUGAGAAAAAAAUUAAAGAGAAAAUUUUUGAAAACGCGGAAGAAAUGAAAACAAACUGAUAUGAAAGGAAACAAAAUCACCAAUUUGCCUGAAGAAACCUCCAAAUUGACUCUCUCCCGCCAUUGUUUCCUUGAAAUCUUUUAAUUAAUUUAACAAUUUCUUUUUAGCUGAUAUAUCGAUAAGUACUUUCCUCCGGAAACGCCAAGCUCUCCAAAAAGUGGUGUGCCUUUCCCCCACAGGGAUGAAAAGAUCCUGGCGACGCCCUGUACCCAUGUGCGUUUUUAUUACUUCUGGGGGGAAAAAUCAUUAUUUCCGAAAAGAUUAAAAUUUGCAAGGGGUUAGCCUUGCAUUUGUUUCAUUUUCAGGAAUGUGACAUUUUGCCCAAACUUAAAAUCUGCAAGGGAUUAGUUUGGAAUUUUCAUACAAUUUGAGAAACUGAAAAAUAAUAUCUGUUAUUCUUGUAGUUUUAUUACCUUUUGGGAAAAAUUACUAUUGCUGAAAAUUUAAAUCUGUGAGGGAUUUGUCUUGCACUUGUAUUAAUUUUGAGAAAGUUUUCAGAAAAACAAAAUCUGUAAAGGGCUUGGUCUUGUAUUUCUGUUUGUGAUGAGAAAAUUCCACGUUUGCUGAAAAAUUAAAUUUGCAAGGGGUUAGACUUGCAUUGUCAUUAAUUUUUACAAAAUCUGGUUUUACUAAAAAAUUCAAAUCUACAAGGGGUUAGCCUCACAAUCCUAUUUAUUGAGAAAAAUUUCUUAAUUUCUUGAAAAACAAAAAUUGCAAGGUGUUAAUCUUGCAUUUUUGUUAAGUUUGAAAAAAAAAAUUGUUUCUCAAGAAUACAAAUCUGCUAGACGUUGGUCUUACAUUUUAAUCUAGUUUGAGAAAAUUUGGGUUUAAUGGCAAAUUAAUACCUGUAAGGGGUUACUCUUGCAGUUUCAUUACGUUUGGGGAAAAAUCGCUAUUGCUGAAAAAUUCAAAUCGGGGCUAGUCCUGCCUUUUUAUUAAUUUUGAGGAAAAAGUUGAAUUUUGCUAAAAAACAUAAAAUCUGUAGGGGCUUGGUCUUGUAUUUCGAUUUGUGUUGAAAAAAAGUGGGUUUGCUGAAAAAUUAAAUUUGCAAGGGGUUAGUCUUGCAUUUUCAUUAUUUUU